CUGCACACCGCCGCAGCGCCCAGGGUCUGGAUAGCCUGUGGGAGGCACGCACGCCCACACCCUCCCCGCCUGGCCGCACCCGUGCCCAGCAUGUCGGCGCUUGAGUGGUACGCCCACAAAUCUCUGGGCGACGGCAUCUUUUGGAUUCAAGAACGUUUCUACGAGUCGGGCAACCGCGCCAAUAUCUGGCUGGUGCGCGGCUCCGAGCAGGACGUGGUGAUCGAUACGGGCCUGGGGCUGCGCAGCCUCCCGGAGUACCUGUACUCCUCCGGCCUCUUGCAGGACCGCGGGGCCAAAGAGGAUGCGGGACGCCGGCCGCUGCUGGCCGUGGCCACCCACGUGCACUUCGACCACUCCGGCGGCCUCUACCAGUUCGACCGGGUGGCAGUGCACCACGCCGAGGCCGAGGCACUGGCUCGCGGGGACAACUUUGAGACCGUGACCUGGCUGUCCGACAGUGAGGUGGUGCGGGCGCCCAGCCCUGGCUGGAGGGCCAGGCAGUUCCGAGUGCAGGCGGUGCAGGCCUAGCCCACCCUCAUCCUGCAGGAUGGGGAUGUGAUCAACCUUGGUGACAGGCAGCUCACUGUUAUGCACAUGCCAGGACACUCCCGAGGCAGUAUUUGCUUACAUGACAAAGACCGAAAGAUUCUCUUCAGUGGAGACGUCGUGUAUGAUGGAUCUCUGAUUGACUGGCUGCCCUACAGCAGGAUAAGUGAUUACGUUGGAACCUGUGAACGUCUGAUAGAAUUAGUGGACAGAGGUCUGGUAGAGAAGGUACUUCCUGGGCAUUUCAAUACCUUUGGUGCAGAAAGGCUUUUUCGAUUGGCAUCUAACUAUAUUUCAAAAGCUGGGAUAUGUCACAAAGUUUCUACUUUUGCCAUGCGGUCUCUUGCAAGUUUAGCCCUCCGCGUAACAAAUUCUAGGACCUCACCCUAGUACCUAUACUAAUAAUCUGUUUUGAUGAAUGAUGUAAGUUAAUCCAGUUCAUGCUGUGCUGUUUAAAAUGAUUAAUAUUAAGCAUUUCAAGUGCUUUUAUACCACUUGUACAUUAGAGGAAAAAAGAUCGAGAAUAAGCCAAAAAGAAAAUUCCUAAGUAAGUAUUUUUUUUCUUCUAAGAAAUCACCUAAAUAAGCUUAUAAUUUGCCAAAGCUGUCAUCUUGUAAUAUGUGCUCUAGAAAUGACAUAGAAAUAUAUGGGGAAACGAGGUAUUUUUCAGCAAGAGAAAGAACUAUUUGCUUCCCUUUUGUUUAAUUUUGUUGUCUAAAUGGCCUAGGGAAAAAAGGCAUACAGAGUGCUGUGUUUAUGCUUCAGACUUGAUAUUUUUAUUAUGCUAUUUAAAGAUAGAGGUUCUUGAUUUACAAUACAUUAGACCUCACUACAAAUAUUUAAACUAACAUUUCAAAUGACAGCUGAAACAUUGCAUUGUUAUAGCCCUGAAUUUUUUAUGCUUUCUUUUAUUUAUUUAUUCUUUAUGUAAUUAUAGCAUAUGUUCUAUGUCAUGUAAUUUAACUAUGAAAGGUAUAAUGAAUUUUGUUGUAUUAUGAAGCUUUAAAUAUAAAUUGCAGCGCUUCAGUAACAAGCUACCAUAUAUUGUUGUUUUACACAAGUAAUAUUUUCGGUCAUAAAAGUGAGAUUCAGUUGUCUGUAAUCUAAAUACAAAUUGUCAGAUUUCUCCAAAGGACACUGUCAGGCAAAUUGAAAAUAUACACAUUGAGAAUAAUUUUUUAUUGUAUCCUAUUUUAAUAUUAACAGUUGUUAUAAACAAAAUUUUUCUUGUUAGGUAUAAUAGCAACUUCAGUAUUGUGUCAUUUUUACAGUAUCAAAAUAACUACAGAGAUCUGUAACAUCCUACAAAAACAUUCUUUUACUUAACAUACUCAUAUAUAUUGCAGAAGGAUUUUCAAGUUAAUUGCAAAAUGUACAUUAGAUAUUAAAUUAGAAUUAAUUUUUUAUCCUGAUUCACAACACCUAUUCCUGUUCAGUAUUCUUUGUCUUAAAUUAAGUCUACAUUCAUAAAGUUGUAGGAAAUGUUUUACCACUAUUUAGUAAAAUGUUUUGGUUUGGUGCUCUUAAUAAUAUUUUAUUUAAAAGCCUUUUGGAAUAUUUCAUAGAGAUUUUUUAAACAGUUUUUUUCACUAUCUUUUUUAUUACUGACAUGUCUAAAACCAAACUGCGGUAGUUUUGGAAAUAAUUAUUUUUAUUAUUAGAAAGGUCCAGCAAUUUUGAUUUAAGAAACAUUAUGAAACUUUUUCAGUCCUACAGAAACCCAGGUUCUUUAGUUUUAUUAUUCAUUCAACACAUAUAUAUCUGCACACAUACACACACACACUCACACGCACCCCACAUGCAUAUACACACAAUCAUGUACAUAUAUACGUAGCACUGCGCUAAACACUGUGGAAGCUUAAAAAGUCCAAGAGACAACCUUUUAGCUAGAAGCUGAAGGCAUACAAAACACAAAUAAAAAUAUAUGCAAGGUGAAGUUAACGUACCUUACACAUGAGUGUAAGGGACAUAAAUGGAGGGCUAUGAAGUUGGUUUAGGGAACAUUUCCUGGGGUGGAAUUUUUGAGUCAGAUUUGGAAGGAUGAUUUGUUAGGUGGUCAGAGCAGGAAACAGAAAAUUCUAAAAACAGGGAUGUUAGCAUUGCUGUCUAGAGCAGUCUAUUUUUUUGUGAAAAUAUAAAUUUAGUUUUUAAGAAUCCUCUAUCUUCCAAACACCAUGUAUUUAGCAUGAGAAAGAUGAGUUUGUGAUUGUGUAUCUGAGUUAUCCUUAAUGACAGAUAAGCUGAACUGCCACAUGCCACCAAAUGCACCUUCACUUAGAAAGGAGGAGGCCAUGAUACACUCAGACAGAGAACAUCAUGGGGGUUCUCUGUGAUGGUCA